AAGGCGUAAGGAGACGCACAAAGAGCAGAGACGCACAUUUUGCCUGGACCCUGAUCAUAAACUGCUGGGAACUACAGGACCAAUACAGAAUGCCUCUAUUACUUUGACAAAAGGAAAAAGUUGAUUUUUUUUAUUUUUAUUUUUUUUUGUCCUGGCAGAUUCAGUCAGAAUCCAGCUGAUGUUCCUCUGAAUGAAAAACAAAACAAAACAUUGCAUCCAAACACUGAAGAAGUGAAUAUUUUGGAGGAAAUUCUAACCACCAAAGUAGAUCAAAACCAAACAGAGCGAAGGAACACGACACACAUGAGAACAACUACCAUGCACUGACAACAAGGAAUGGAAAGAAUCAGUGCAGAAACAGACUGGGAUGGGUUAGGUCUCUCCCCUCCGAGCGCCGCAGGAAGAAACAACAUCUCCUUGUUGGUAACUGAACUGAACUCCUUCAACACGUCUCGCACUGGGGGGUCCCUGUUUGGGAUCUUUCCUGAGAAUGGCUCCAACGCCACUCCUCACACCCUGCCUCAGCCCAGGACCAGGGACCUGGGCCUAGCCCGGGCUGAGAUUGGGGUUCUUGGUGUGGUGCUGGCUCUCACAACCUUAGGGAACAGCUUUGUGUUGUGGGUGCUCCUGAGGAGGAAGAAGCUCAACGCGCCGAUGCACCAGUUCAUGGUCAACCUGUGCGUGGCCGACCUGGUGGUGGCACUUUUUCAGGUUCUUCCCCAGCUCAUAUGGGACAUAACCGAGAGGUUUCAGGGACCUGACCUGCUGUGCCGGUCCAUCAAGUACUUGCAGAUAGUUGGGAUGUUUGCUUCCUCCUAUAUGAUAGUUGCCAUGACAGUGGACCGACACCAUGCAAUCUGCUGCCCAUUGCAGGCUUACCGCGUUGGGGCCAUGUCCCGUUGGAACACUCCUGUUAUGGUGGCGUGGGGCCUGGCACUGGUGCUCAGCAUACCACAGGUGUUCAUCUUCUCUCGCUCAGAAGUGGCUCCUGGAGUGUUUGAGUGCUGGGGUAACUUUACUGAGCCGUGGGGGCUGAAGGCCUACGUCACCUGGAUGACCGUGGCCGUGUUCCUGCUGCCUGCCCUCAUCAUAACCAUCUGUCAGAUAAGAAUUUUUCGCGAGAUUCACAACAACAUUUACCAGAAGUCAGAGAGGAUAGUGAUGGCUGAGCUGAAAAGGAAUGAAAUCCUCUUUCGCUUCCACAGCUUCAAGAAGGAGGACGAGCGGGCCAAGGAGAGGGGGAGGCGGGCCUCUGGAGGAGGUGAAGUGGGGGAAGGCAGGGAUGGAGCAGUAGGACAUCUCUUAAAGGCUGUGAAUGACAAUCCUCACAGUAACAGCCAGGCAGGAGAGUGUUACGACUACGUUCCCUCUGUCAUUCAGUACAACAGCUGCUGCAACGAACACCAAAUAACAACAACGGACGAGCAAACACCGAGCAGCUCCGACUUCCAGGAGCCCCGCUGCUCCCGCGAUUAUGUGCCCCCUCCUCCUCACCCUGUCACUCCACCUCCAAGUAUCACUAAAGCCAUGUCCAAGACGGUGAGGAUGACUCUGGUCAUCGUGUUGGUCUACACUAUCUGCUGGUCACCGUUCUUCAUCGUCCAGCUGUGGGCAGCCUGGGAUCCUCACCCUCCAGAUCAAACAGGCGUGGCCUUCACCAUCCUGAUGCUGCUGGCCAGCCUGAACUCGUGCACCAACCCGUGGAUCUACACGGCUUUUUCCAGCAGCGUGUCCAGAGAGCUUCAAAACCUGCUCCACUGUCGGACGCGACUCGGACGCCGGGGCUCCCUGCCAGACGACUCCACGGCCACGCACACCUCCACCACCAAGGACACACAAUACUGACAGGACAGGGGAGGAGGAGACGGGAACUCACACGA